AUGCUAUUGGGUGCUCCAGUGAGUUGGGGCAGCAAGAAGCAUCCAACUAUGUCACUGUCUACAAGUCAAGCGGGGUACAUUGCACUAAGUCUGGCCAUCCAGGAAGGCAAGUGGAAUUACCGCUUACCAUGCGGGAUCAUGGCGGCUGCCAACGAGGACUGA